AUGGAGAUGGAGGAUCGCGCACGAUGGCGCCAGAAGCCAUCAUCAGAGGAGAACGUGCUAUCAUUUAAUGAUAGCGAGCCUUUUCUCUCCCGAGAAUGGUCUUCGGGUAUUCCACAGAUCAAGGAGUCUUCCAGCGAGACCACAGCGAAUCCAUCCCGAUAUUACCAUAACUAUUUCUCAGUGUUGGUAUACAUCUGCUUGGCACUCUUUGCUUGGAUAAUCACCUGCAUAUUGUCCUUCCGCCCUAUUGUUGCACCAACGUAUACUGCCGAUACCACUCGAGCCUCCUUGUAUUCCAGCAUGGCCGGACUGUACCAGAGAAAUCAACGCUGGCUUCAAGCCACGAGGGUCAUCCAAUCCAUUGUCUCCGUCUUGUCUAUUCCGCUCACCUCUGCUGUAUGUGCUGAAGCAGCGGUUGCAUUCACCCAGAGAAGCUCCAGUCGUACAAGUCUAAGCUUGAGACAGACUAUGGCAUUGGCAGACAAGGCCUGGGCGAGUCCUUUUAUGGUUCUACGGGCGAUCAAACCACAAAAUUUCAAGCGCAUCGGUAGCUCCUUUCUGCUUGUCGCCAUUUUCAUGAACCUGCUGGGAUUAAUAGUGACACCUCUGCAAGAGAUCUUCCUGACACAGAGAGCCAUUUUAGUCCCCAAUCUGGUGUCCCGGAUACACCACCAAAACGAUCUACUCGAUCUCUUCGGCAGGAACGACACAUCUUCGCAGAACAGCGACUCUGUGCCACUUCUGCGACGCAUGCUAGAAAGUGUGAGCAGUGCAGACCUACAAUUACAUCUGUGGACCAACCUGACAGUAGAAGCAUGUGCAGAACCACUUUCCGGGCAAGAUGUCCUUACGCUGGCCGACACCCUUGCUGACUACGGGUCGAUUUGUGGUGUCUCGGCUUCGCUCGAAUUCUUAGCACUGGAGUACCGACAUACGCACGGACGCGUCAGCUACGACGGAGUAGAUCCAUGGCAAAACCUUACUGCCCUUCAGCAUCCUUUCUUGGCCCAAUUGCCGAACAAUUUCACCACUGGUGUGCUACAGCAAUUCAUACCUCGGAUCAAUACCUCUGCUACUUAUGACUCUAUUGGCGAGUCCGACUUUCCUUCUGAUUGCGGAACCUAUCCAGGCAGCUUCUACGCCGAAUACAGUGGAACGAGUGAUGGAUGGGAUGUGACUGUCUGUAUGCCUGGUGAUCAGCGCUCCUCGCCUUGGAAGGCUACACAUCUGAGACAAGACUUUAGCGAGUCGCUUUUUCUGAAAAUCAAUGGUCAGUGCUUCAAGGCAACGGUGAAUACUACAGCUGGUUACUUCGAGCUUCCCAGCUAUGCGAACCACCAGCAGUUUAGUGACAUUCUGGAUCGCGAUCCUAUCGAGCUUUGCGGCGCGUCAUGUCCGCCUGAAGGCGGAACUGUUGCGGAAGACAAUCUGAAAGGAGCAAACCCUCGAGAAGAAGUGCUAUACGAUGGUCCUAUAAUACCUUUGCCUGUCGGACCUCCACCAUCUGAAAUACAGAACCUCGAGCUCGUUCGUAACAAAGGACCACUACUGACCACGGCAUUGGCUCUCUUCGGCAAUAACUCCUUCCUCGCACAACGAACAUCUCAUCCGGAGGCAUUUACAAAAACAAACAAUGCUGAAUCGACAUGCAUAGACACAUUACCAUUAGGCAAACUGGCACAACUGCCCUGCAUCAACAGUACCCAGGACGCUUCUUCGCAGAUCUCCUCCUGGCUACGCCUAUUCACCGAAGUCGAUGCAGAUGGCGAUACUUCCGCACGACCACGCACUUCCAUCCUCCUCAACCAGGCCGCCUUCCUGUCGAACGAGAUUCUCCUGACCUGGCAGAACUCGACGUCGCGAUACCCUCAAUCCUACAUGACAAUCUCCUACGAUCACGGUACUAAUACGCUGGUGCCUAAAAUAUCAGACACGGGCAUAAUCGUGGUUUCCAUCGUGCUCGCUGCUCAACUUCUCGGUUUGAGCAUCCUGGUAGUGUAUGCGUGCUGGACAGGUCUAUGGACGAACUCGUUGGAUGCCUUUACGAUGUUACGCUUUGGCGCAGCUGUUGGGGAAAAUCGAUUGCCACUCUGGCUUGCAAAAGAUAUUGAUAACUUGGCCGUUCUUCACCAACUACCAGGGUGGGUGGGACAUGCCUCGAGAAGUGAAACUGUUGGACAGCUGGCACUUGGCAGUCCUGAUAAGAUUCGGUCGGGGAUGAGCUAUAGAUCUUAUGAGGAAGGGUAG